GACGUCAUGUUUGGUGGAACUGACUCAACGGCAUCUACAGCAGAUUGGGCGAUGUCAGAAUUGCUCAAAAACCCAAAGGCUAUGAAAGAGGCACAAGAAGAGAGAUUCCAAGAUUGGACUGACCCAGAGAAGUUUGAACCAAAGAGAAUUCUUGAUACAAUGGUUGAAUACAACUUCAAAGUUUCAAACUUUGACUAUAUUCCAUUUGGUGCUGGAAGAAGAAUAUGUCCUGGAUCAACAUUUGCGACAUCUAUUUUAGAGUUGUUACUUUCCAAUUUACUUUGCCAUUUUAACUGGAAACUACCAAACGGCAUGAAGUUUAAGGAAUUGGACAUGGACCAGCCAUUUGGUGCCGCAAUCCCAUAUUCCAUCAUCUUCUUCACUUUCUUCUGCUUUUUCUUUGUCAUCCACAAGCUAUCUUCUUCCGCAAAAUCCAUCAAAACCCUACCUCCAGGGCCAUGGAAAUUACCUCUCAUAGGAAAUAUGCACCAGCUCAUUGGGUCACUACCUCAUCGUUCUCUCGCAAAUCUUGCAAACAAACAUCAUCUUUUCCCCAUAUGGAAACUAUUGGAGGCAACUUCGAAGAUCUGUACUUUAGAGAUUUUCUCAGCAAAGAGGGUUCAGUCAUUCAGAAGGAUUAGGGAAGAGGAGAUAUCAGCACUUGUAAGCAAUAUUGCUGAACAUGAAGGCUCUUUCAUAAACCUUAGUAGAAAAAUCUCCACGCUCACGAAUUCCGUAGUUGCGAGAACAGCCUUUGGGACAAAGACACAGAACGUAGAACAGAUGUUGGAAAUUAUGGAGCAAACGAUAAAGUUAAGCUCUGGGUUAUCAAUUUCUGAUUUGUAUCCGUCGCUGAAAUUUAUCAGUGUCAUCACUGGGACGAGAGCUCGAAUCAUGAAGUUGCACAAAGAGGGAGAUAAGGUGUUUGAUGACAUCAUCAGAGACCACAGAGAAAAGAAAAGAAACAAUGUUGGAGAGGCAGAGGAAGAUCUUGAUAUUUUCUUCGCUGGAACUCAAACAACAGCAACCACAACAGAAUGGGCGAUGUCAGAAUUACUCAGAAACCCAAAGGUUAUGAAAGAGGCACAAGAAGAGGUAAGAAGAGUCUAUGGAAGCAAAGGAUAUGUAGAUGAAUCAAAUCUUCACCAAUUGAAAUAUUUAAAUGCUGUCAUCAAAGAAACUCUAAGGCUACGUUCACCAUUAGCAUUGUUGGUUCCAAGAGAAAAUAGUGAGAGUUGUGAAAUUAAUGGAUAUGUGAUACCUCCUAGGACAAAGAUUAUCAUUAAUGCUUGGGCCAUCGGAAGAGAUCCCAAGAAUUGGAAUGAUCCAGAGACGUUUGAACCAAAGAGGUUUCUCAAUACGAUGGUUGACUACAACUUCAAAGGUUCGAACUUUGAGUAUAUCCCAUUUGGUGCCGGAAGAAGAACAUGUCCCGGAUCCACAUUUGCAAUGCCUAUUUUAGAAUUGUUACUUUCCAAUUUACUUUAUCAUUUUGAUUGGAAACUACCGAAGGGGAUGAGGCCUGAGGAAUUGGAUAUGGAUGAGUCGUUUGGUGGCUUCGUACGGAAGAAAAAUAAUCUCAUUUUAGCUCCUAUCGGCUAUUCCUCUUGA